CGAGCCCCCCAGCUUUCCAAGAGGCGGCCCGUCUCCAAUUCCCUAAAGUCAGGGCCAGCGAAUAGGGUAACAAAUCAGGAAUUUCCUUCUGCCACUCCUGCAGCAGAGCAAGCGAAGCAGCACUCCCAGUUGCAAACUCCCAUUUCCGCCCCCAAAAGGCAGAUGUGGGUUGCCUUUUCUUUGCUUGCUCGUGCUCUUUUUUCAUUUCCUAUUUUUGUCUGUUUUGGGAAAUAAAAUCUUUGUUUUUAAUAGCAUGAAUUGUGUUCUCAAAAACACGUGACGGAAUAGCGUAGCUUUGCAGCGAUUCCCUCAGAAAGCCCCCUAAACGUGAUGAGUGUGUCGAAUCGGAUCAGAGAAAGUUUAUGAUUUCUUCUGAACGAAUGCAUCUUGUUUGGCGAAGCGAGCAGGCAGAGCACAGGCACGCCAACUGGAAGAGAUUAUAAAAAAAGUCUGGAUUCUGCCGCCACCGCGCCUCCUGAAAGGGACGACGGCCCGCAAAUUGGCUUUCUUCUUUUCUUCUCUUCUGUUUCUUCUACUGGGAUGACCGGAUGGUUUACAGUAUCUGCAUCUCGACUCUCCGGAUUAGCCCUGACCUCCAUGGGAAUAUACUAAGUCUGCCCCGUCGGGAUCGGCUAACUUUCUCCCGGAGUUUAUUCUCUUUUUUGAAGGGAUGACCGAGGAAAGGAGCGACUGUGAUGGGGUCUCCUGUUGGACGACUAAAAAGAAGCCGAGCUGGGAAGUUCUGCUGUUACUCGUGUUGCUGUUCUGCCAAAGUUGUUCCCAGGAACUGAACCCCAAAGGCAGGAACGUGUGCAGGGCGCAGGGAUCUUCAAGCCUGAUAUGCUGCCCUGGAUGGAAACUACAAGGGGAUGAGUGCAUUGUGCCCGUCUGCGAGGGGAAUUUUACCUGUACGGACAACGAAGUGUGUGUGAGGCCCAACGAAUGUCGCUGUCGCCAUGGGUACUUUGGUGCCAACUGUGAAACCAAGUGCCCAGGUCAAUUCUGGGGUCCUGACUGUAAGGAGAUGUGCACUUGCCAUCCCAAUGGACGCUGUGAAGAUGUGACAGGGAAAUGCACAUGCAACGCUAACCGCUGGGGCGCCAACUGUGAGCAUGCCUGCCACUGCCAGCGUGGGAAAUGCGACCAGGAGACGGGAAAAUGCACGUGUGAUACGGGCUGGUGGGGGCCGCAGUGCUCCAAUGCCUGUUACUGCAGCAGCAAUUCUGUGUGUGAGCAGAGCUCGGGCCGCUGCAUCUGCCAGCAGGGCUGGUGGGGCCGCCGCUGCAGCAACCAAUGUGCCUGCCACAACAGUCCCUGUGAACAGUUUAGCGGGCGCUGCCAGUGCCAAAAGAACCUGUGGGGGCCACGCUGUGAACGGUACUGCCAGUGCAACCAUGGUACCUGCAACCCGACUGAUGGCUCCUGCACCUGCGAGCCAGGAUACCGGGGCAAGUUCUGCCGGGAGCCCUGUCCAGCUGGCUUCUACGGGCUAGGCUGCAGACGCAAAUGUGGACACUGUAAGGAGCUACAGCCUUGCACCAUUUCAGAGGGGCGCUGUCUGACAUGCGAAGCUGGCUGGAACGGCACCAAGUGUGAUCAGAUCUGCUCCCCGGGUUUUUUUGGUGAUGACUGCAAGGGAGUUUGUCCUCCAUGUCGAGACGGCCACACCUGUAAUCAUGUGGAUGGCAAAUGUUCACACUGUAAUCCUGGCUGGCUUGGAGAUCGGUGUGAGAAGAAAUGUCCCAAUGGUACAUAUGGUGAAAACUGCGGAAAUGUCUGUAAAGACUGUUUUGAUGGAGAAUGCCAUUUUGUCACUGGGGAAUGUCACUGCAAUCCUGGCUCUCAUGGGACUCACUGUAAUAUGAGUUGUCCAGCUGGUCAAUAUGGCGUCAACUGUGCCUUUUCUUGCUCUUGCCAUGAGGAUAACUGCGAUCCUACCACGGGGACUUGUUACAUGGAAGCUAACCAGAGGAUGGGUGUGAUAGCAGCUGGAGCACUGGUGGCUUUCCUUCUCCUCCUCCUCCUCUCUCUGCUGUGCUGUUGCUGUGUCUGCCGCAAUAAAGACAAAAACGACUCAGACAAUGAAAGCUCUGGAAAAGGAAAGACCACUCGAAGACGAUUUUGUGGCCGAUUUAGCCGAAUCAGCACCAAAUUACCAAGAAUUCCACUGAGGCGGCAAAAACUUCCAAAAGUUGUGGUUGCACACCAUGACCCUGAAAAUACAUUUAACUGCAGCUUCAUUGAACCUCCCUCCGUGGCGGAGCAGCCAUCCCCCUCCUGGUCAUCCCAGGGUUCUUUCUCUUCAUUUGAAACCACUGAUGAUGGGCCUGUGUACUGUGUACCUCAUGAAGAAUCCAUAACUGAGAAUAAAGACAAAGGAAGCCAAAACGUCCUAGAAAAGGUCGCUCCACCAAUCAGCGAAGAAGAUGCUGGUGAAUACACUUCCCUAAAAGAAACUAGCUCACCCAAAGCUUCUCCCUGGGACAACACUAGUGAAGUGCCUGUGCUGAAAUCAUCAGACAGUGAUGGCUCCAGCAGCGGAUCAGAAUCCAUAAGUGGUGCUCUCUAUGCACGGAUUGCCAGAUUGUCCAAACAGUCAAAAGAGGAAGAUGAUAGCAUCAUCAGUGAUAUCAAGGGCAACGGGAAGCCUCCAUCACCAGAAAGAGCUAAGCCUCGCCCACCCGACCCUUCCACCAAACCCAAAAUCUCAUGGAUUCAUAGCAAGUUUGAUACCAGCCAGUCAUCUGAGACAAGUCAAAUGUCUCCUUCUAGCAAGGAUAAGAAACAAAGUGACACUUCUGACAAAAGCAGGGAGAAGCACAGUAGCCGGACAAAGGAGAGGUCUGCAAAGCUUGGCAAGGAACAAAGUUCCCCAGACUCCAGUCAAUCGCCAGACAAGCAUCGAUCUCGAAAGGCCAAGUCUGGUCAUGAGCAAAUGGAGCAUAUCAAUGGUGCAGUUCAGAAUGCUUUGAAAAAAAUCGGCAACUUCCCCAGGGAGAGGAAAACCAGUGAAAGCAAAGAGGGCCCCAAAGGUCCAAGUAAAUCUCGAUCGGAAGUUGUUCACCCACACCUGAGCUCAGAGGCAGCUACUCUUUUAGCUGCCCAGCUAAAAGAGAAGACCCAGACCAUUAACCGGAAUGAAGGCUCCACUAAACAGAAUGGGGUGGCGUCCCCCCAAGCCCAGAGGGAGAAGCCCACUCCUCCUCAGAAAGCCAAACGUUCCAUAUCCAGCACCAACCAGAGCCCCAGCAAACCUCUGCUGCCCACUUCUAACAAUCUGCAGAAGAUGGUUGCCCCCGUGUCAGAAACCUUGGCGUUGGAGGCCAAGAAGAGUCUUGAGAAGCAGGACUCGAAUAACAUCAAACAGGAAACGGAGGACUCGACACCCAAGAAGACGCCAAUCAAAAAGCCCCCAAGGAAGAAGGGCAGGGAAGGAACUUUGGACUCUGAAUUUAAAUCCCACCCCAAAACUGCAAUAAUGCCCCCUCAGAUUGUAAAGUAAGAGACUUUGACACCAGGGGUGUUCAAAACAUCUUUGAAUAAACUCCGAAAGAGUUUUUUUUUUUUUAAACAUAGCAGUGUUUCGGAGAACUAAACGUUUAGGAUUGUCCUAAGGCUGGAUGUGACUAUUUUCUAUUUUUUUUUUGUACACAUUUUGUAUUGAAUCCAAAGUUUCUGUACAUUCUGGAAUCCUAUUAUGGGGAAGAAAAAGGCACGCGCUUCCAUAUUUUGUUUUGUUUUUUUAUAAGCUGCACAACAAACAUUCGACAACUUUGCUUAAAAUUCGGAGAACAAGGAAUGACAAUUCCAUAGAGCUCUUUGAGAAGAUCUCCAAAAACAUAAACACAGAUAGACAGAUUGUUCUCCUCUGCCCUGAAGACUCAUGAAGUGUCUGCGUUGUUACAGCGUGUGAGAUUUUUGACAGCAAUUAACAGCUCAGCCAUGUGUGUGGCUGCCGAAAUUCUGCUGGUACUAAGUACGUUCAGUAAUGUGAUAGCUCUUCAUCCAAAAGCUUGAUUACCAUAUCAAUGUUCAAAACGACUCCCAUGAAGAAUGGUAGGUUCCUCUGCUACAGCCAUAUCCAAAGUGUCAUUUUUGAAGAUCCCGCCAAAGUACAAAUGUUGCAAACAAGCACCAGUAAAGAAAUUUAGAUGAAUUCCAGAUAAACAUGUACUCAGCUCCUUAUACUCAUCUCUCGACCAUAACCUGAAACAUUUGGCAGAUCAAUGAGGAGCGAUGGAUGGUGCACACUGGUCAUGCUUAUGUCUGACCGCCUCAGAAUGCUAAGCCCAUUUUGGUACUUGAAUGAUUCAUGAAUCGUAAAAUAUUUGAGUAUACUUUCCGAGAAUUUGUCCCUUUAAAUGAAAUACCUGUGACAGCCUAAGGGAGAGGACAGCUUGGCACUUCUCAGACAUUGCUGCUAAAUGUUAAGAUGGCAGUUGUCUACACCUUAAGGGUCACGGCCACAGCUAACAUCUACCUCUUAGCGGGUUGUGAUGAAUUGUAGCCACUGCUUAUCGACAUUUGGCUUUGUUGGAAGUUGCCGUGCCAUUGUGCUUAAGAGAAGUCGAGUCCAAACUGCAAUGGUGCCAUUCAUCCACUUCACAGAGGAUGACAGUCUAGAUGGUUUGAUUAUGUUAUAGAAAAUACAUUUAUAACCAUAAAGUGUCAUUUGGGGUAAAUGAACUCCACCGAAACUCCAUGAAUAGUCCUGAGGUGCACUUUGGUGUUUAACAAGGAACCAGAAAACAUUCAGAUGGGGCCAACAUUUUAAUCAGACCAGCCAACAGUCUCACUGCCUACCCCCGGAUUGCCGUUCCUAUGUUAACACCUACCCUGCAUUUGCCAUUUUUCUGUCAUUGUGAUGCGAAUGAAACUGUCUAGUCAAUAAACUUUCAAAAUAAAUAUGGAAAUAGUUCAGAUAUUUGGACCCUAGGAAAGCCAAUCUACAGGUCAUCUGUUUUUUCUUGCAUCCUGGACUGUCAAUGAUUGGGAGCAAAAGUGAAAAAGGAGCUACAUUCAGGGUACGGUUCACUGGACUGUAAGUGCCAAUAAAGGGAGACUUGUGCCUGGAGCUCUUCUAUCAGUAUUGAAGCGGGGGAGGUGGCGGGGGCAUCGUGCCCACCAAGCUGUUUUUUUUUUCUGCGCACCAAGAGAGAGCAUGGAAGGUACAGCCGUUCUCCAGGCUAUGUGCUCUCCUUGUGCCUGCAUUCGAAGACUUGACGUGUGUUUUGACAGUAUUAUUGUUAAAGGGUUAUAAGCUGUGCUUAUUAAUAUAAAUCCAUUGCUACUUCUGUUUUAUACUAGUGUCAAUAAACUGGCUUUUAUAUUUCAUUCAAGA